CACGAGACGAGGGAAUAAGUUGCAUUUUGCCAGUCCAAGACGCUAAUGGCGACAGCCACGCUUGCUACCUGUGCCAUCAUUUCCACGGUCGGGCGCGGAAAUUUCUACUUAAUGAAAGCGCUUGCGCCCAAAGAUCGAGCCUUUAUAGGAGGUUCUGCUUCCUCUUCUUCUCCUGCUUCUGCUCCUCUCAAUCUGGGCUUCUCCGACUGCAAUCCGUCGCCGAUUUCUCCGCUAACGUUCUUCCCUGCAUCGCCGAUGGCUUCGCCUUUUGGAUUUCAACGUUCUGAUCUAAUGGAAGCAGGGAGUUACGCGGAGGAGUUAAGUGUGGCGGUGAGGGUGGUCCAGAUGGCAUGCUCGCUGUGCCAGGGUGUUCAGGAGGGGCUCUUUGGGAGGAGGAGAGAGCAGGUCAAGUCCAAGGAUGACGCUUCUCUGGUUACUGUUGCAGAUUGGGGAGUGCAGGCGACUGUUAGUUGGGUCCUCUCGCAGUGUUUUGGCAGUGAGAAUGUGUCCAUUGUGGCAGAAGAAGACACUCAAACUUUAUCCGGAAAGGAUGCUUCUGGUUUACUGGAAUCCGUUGUCAAAACUGUAAAUGGAUGCCUUGUUGAAGCUCACAAAUAUGGACUGAAAGCUCCUCAGAAGCCACUAGGAAGUAAUGAAGUUCUUGAAGCUAUAGGCAGAUGCAACUCUAAUGGUGGCCCUAAAGGAAGGUUUUGGGUUCUUGACCCUGUUGAUGGCACACUAGGCUUUGUUCGAGGGGACCAAUAUGCCAUUGCUUUAGCUUUAAUAGAGGAUGGAGAGGUUGUCCUGGGCAUUCUUGGCUGUCCAAAUUAUCCAAUGAAGAAGCAGUGGCUAAAUUACCAUCAACGAUACUACAGACUCAUUUCUAAAAUAUCUCCACCUGUUGCAGGUUCCUGGCAUAAAGGAUGUGUAAUGUAUGCUCUUAGGGGUAGUGGUAAGGCUUGGAUGCAGCCACUUGUCUAUGACCACAACAAAUUUGGAUUGCACAAUAUUUCUCCAAAGCCAAUCAAAGUAUCUUCUGUUGAUGAUCCAGCUUUUGCAACUUUCUGUGAACCUGUUGAGAAGUCGAACUCAAAGCACUCAUUCACUGCUGGAUUGGCACAAAGCGUUGGUCUGAGAAAGCAACCAUUGAGAGUCUACAGCAUGGUGAAAUAUGCUGCAAUUGCAUGCGGAGAUGCAGAGAUAUUCAUGAAAUUUGCAAAGGCAGGCUACAAAGAGAAGAUUUGGGACCAUGCUGCAGGUGUGAUUCUCAUCCAUGAGGCCGGUGGUGUCGUCACCGAUGCCGGUGGCAAACCAUUGGAUUUCACUAAAGGUAUCUACUUGGAAGGGCUCGAUCGGGGCAUCGUCGCUUGUUCCGGUUCUCUGCUUCAUGACAAGAUCAUCACAGCUGUGGAUGCUAGCUGGGAUUCUUCCAAAUUAUAAUUGUAUCAACUCAUUAGCAUAAGCUGUUACAGAAUCCACUAAUCAACAAACAAAAGGGUUAAAAAUCUGGCCUGCAAACUAAUAUAUGCAGGUAUUGCAGGAAUUCUGGGGAAGAUUAUGAUACUGAACUUGCACUUGGAUAAGCUGGAGCUUUAUGCAGAAAAUGGGGGAAGGAGAAUCAGGGAGAUAGGUGAUAGUAAGCCAAUCCAAUUUGCUAAUAUCCCUUAUUCAACUUGCUUCAUCUCUUUGUUAUGGUUAUAUGCAUCAAGCUAUGCUAACUGUUAGAAAAGGAUUUGGAAGUAGAAAUGGAAGCUUUUUAUUUUUCUUCUUAUACAGAAAUGGAAGCAGAAAAGUUAUUGUAUAGCGAUUUUCUGGGUUUUAUAGUUCGAGAAUUGAUGAAUUUUGGCUUCUGGUGCAAGUUAUAUACAUAUUCAAGUCAAUAAAUUUAAAACCUU